GUUGAAGAACGGUUGGCGCGUGAAGAGCACUUGAUAUGGCUGUUGAAUGCGGUGACAGCUUAUAUCUAUUGUGCAUCACCGGACUUUUCGGACGAUGACUACUUAAAGUUUAUGGACCGCAAUCCAGUUCAUGUUGGUCCAGCCGUAACCAAAGAGAUCGGCGAAUCUGCGAUUAUAACUUUGCUUGAAUAUCAUAUGAAUAAUGAUAGUGUUUUUGAUGUCAGUGAACAUAUGGAACUCUACCAGGCUCUGUUAGAGACAGCAGCAGCCAUGUCAGUAGUGCCCGCAUUAGUACCGUAUUUGGUACGUCCGCAAAAUAACAACUCGAAAUCGAUAGCGAAGGAUCUUGUGUUACGCUUCAGCAACACAAUGUCGUCAUAUCCGAACAUCUUCAAAGGUCAAAUGGGUUCACCAGAUUUCCGUCUCGUUGACUUCAUCGCGAAAACAGAGCGAUAUUCUGAGGUUUGUAUCGCAUGUUUUCUGCCUUAA